AUGGCAUAUGUUGUGUCUAUCAUUAGCGUUGUAGGGGAUGCGUUUUGUGUUCCUUAUCCUGUGGAGUUGAUCAUCAAGAAGAAGUGUCGUGGACUCUUUGAAGAACACUUCGAAGUACUAGAUGUCAAUGGAAAUCUUUUCCUACGAGUCGGUGGCUCCUGCAAGAAUUUCCAGAAGAAAAGAACCAUGCGAGAUCCUGCUGGUUUUCCUAUCAUCACAAUACCCAAAAAGACCGUCAUCGCUGGACAGUUCAUUGAGGAGAAAGUUCAGACAGGACUGCUCCCCUCUUCAGUGUACAACGAUCUCAUGCACUUCAGAUGA